UAGGGGGAAAAAAAGUCUGAGGCAGAAUCUGAUUGGUCACAGAAUUGACCGAAACACCGGAAACUACGUCGGCGUCAUUUCUUAACGCGAGAACAGCGAACGGUAUUUGUGAGGGCCGGGACUUUUUCAUUCAUCAUUUCGAGCAGCUUAGAAAAUGGCCACGACGGACGUACGGCUCAACCAUACAAUCUACAUCAACAACUUGAAUGAGAAGAUCAAGAAAGAUGAGUUGAAAAAGUCCCUGUACGCCAUCUUCUCCCAGUUCGGCCAGAUUUUGGACAUCCUGGUCGCACAGAACCUGAAGAUGAAGGGUCAGGCCUUUGUCAUCUUCAAAGAAGUAAACAGCGCCUCGAAUGCUCUGAGAUCCAUGCAGGGGUUCCCUUUCUAUGACAAGCCCAUGCGUAUCCAGUACGCCAAGAUGGACUCUGACAUCAUUGCUAAGAUGAAGGGGACGUUCGUAGAGCGUGACCGCAAGAAAGAGAAGAAGAAGCCCAAAGUACCUGAUGCAGCAGGAGCUAAGAAGGGUGUUGCAGGAGCUGCUGUGCCCAUGGUCGCUGGAGUGCCUGCUGCCAUGCCUGGAAUGCCUCCUAUGAACCAGGCUCCCCGCAUGAUGCAUAUGCCAGGCCAGCCGCCCUACAUGCCGCCUCCAGGCAUGAUGCCUCCUCCAGGCAUGGCACCUGGUCAGAUGCCCCCUGGUGCUAUGCCUCCUGGUCAGAUGAUGCCCGGACAGAUGCCUGGACAAAUGCCCCAGCAGGUUGCGGAAAAUCCACCAAAUCACAUCCUCUUCCUCACCAACCUGCCAGAGGAGACCAACGAGCUCAUGCUCUCCAUGCUCUUCAACCAGUUCCCGGGGUUCAAGGAAGUGCGUCUGGUUCCUGGUCGCCACGACAUCGCCUUUGUGGAGUUUGAGAAUGAAGUGCAAGCCGGCGCUGCACGAGACGCACUACAGGGCUUUAAGAUCACACAAACGAAUGCAAUGAAGAUCUCGUUCGCAAAGAAAUAACAGCUCUCAGGACCAGUAAUUUUCUAACAUGCACACACAUGCAGGUCUUUUUUAAAACAAUGAACAGCAGUGACCUGACAAAAUCAUUUAUACAAAUGUAUCGCUGGUGAUCUGUACAGAGUAAGUGGUGAGUUUUUUUAUUUCUUCUUCCAGGAUUACAUGUAAGUAUACUUUAUUACCAUCAAGUCUAAAGUUUUAACUCUUCAUUGAUGAUUUGUCGUCUGGGUUUAUACUCAACAAGCAGCUUGAUGUGUUGUGCUGUUCUUUAAAACUGUUUGUCAUGAAGCAUUGCACCCAGAGUCUGGUUCACCAGACAUUGUACCUGGAGCUUUUUCCUUUUUAUAAUUAAAACUUUUCUUUAAGA